CUAAAGCGAAGCAUUUUGUUUUACAACCAAGGCAAGGUUGACGUCUGCGCCAUCUGUUUACCUUCGCGUCUUAACCAGAAAUUCCAGUGAAAUAUGGUGACUAAGCGAAUAAGGUCUGAAUACAUGAAGAAAUUUAAGGACCCAAAAUGGGAAACGUACGCAAAAUGUUAUGAGGAUUUGCUGAAGUACAGAUUGUCAAGACGACUGUUGGAGCAAGCACACAACCCCUGGUUUUGGGGAGAAUGGGGAAGUGACACAGCGUCCAGUGGUAAAUCUACUCCUCUUUGUCGGAAUAAAGUCGAACCUCUGAGGCCCCAUGAUGAGACAGCAGAGCCAGCAGCUGAACCAGGACCACAAGAAUUACAAGACAGAAAAACUGUUGAAACCAAGCUAGUUACCCGAAAUACUGAGCAGAGUCCUCAAGGCGAGGAGGAAGAGAAAAGCAGAGAAUGCUCUCCUGCUCUCAACCCAGACCUAGAAACUGAUACUCAUACGCUGAACAAACCAAAGAGCAAACAACGCUCCUCACACAAGUGCACAAGAUCAAAGGUCAAGCCUCAUGCCACCAAAGACACUGACAAAGAAAAUCGUCACCCUUUUGCCCUAUAUGGCUCAGGUGAGAGGCACACAGAUAUGGCCUCCAAGAAAACCCAUAAUGUUGGUCCAGCAGCAUCAACCUCAGAGAUCCAUGAAUCAGCUUUGCGAGCAAAAACCAGACGGGAGGUGGAAAAUCAGAUAAAGAGAGUUGACAAACAGAGAGCAAGAUCUGCUGACAUAGAAAUGAACAGAAGCAAGGUUGUCCCUGAAUACAACCCCUGGAUGACAGAGUACAUGCGCUGUUUCUCUGCUAGGUCUCGGUAGAAUUGAUUUAAUUAAUACUUUGGAAGAAAAUGUCUGUGACUAUCUGAACCACUCAGGCUUAAAACCCUGAAACAUUCCAGGUGAUGGCUGGUGAAUCUAUCCAGCUAACUUGCCGUCUUCAAAAAUGGGUCACAAUGAUUUCAACUCUGAUUUUAACGCAGGGGUUUUGAAGGGUUUAUUUACAACAAUGGACAGGUUACAUUUACUGCAUAUCAAACAUGAUAUCACAAUCCUUUGAUGCUGCAGGGCAUUGUCAAACAAUCACAAGCCUUGUUGCUUGAAUUUUGUAUUAAUAAGUCACAUGGAUGUACAGGCCACAAGAUUUAUUGUCUUUACACUCUCAGCCAUACUGUUGAAGUAAAUUUUGAACAAUUAUUUAAGUGUUCAGUAAUUGUUAGACCGUUACUGGCAAAUGUUGUAAUGUGAAUUAUAAAUUAACUAAAUUAUUUGUGUUAUACUGAUUAAUAUUUAGGGUCAGUGUUUUGUACUUUCCAGUGUAAAUCAAGUCACAAUUUUUUAAAUGGGCUGCCUCACACUGGCAGUCCAACAGUAAAACUAAUACUUACUUCCUGAGAUAUAUUAGAUUUGGUUUGUUGUUUGUGUACACUCAUGGUGCAUUUCACAGGGUGUUCUAGCUGAACAGUAGUUAAUAUCAUUACAAUGUAGAAGCUGUCACUGGUUUCUGAAGCAUGUAAUGUACACAAAUCAUGUUUAAGGAUAUCAACUCUAAAAAUUAGUUACAUACACAAGGAAAACAAAAUUCCAGUAGUUCAGUCUUAGACAGAUUUCAUCAUCAAACAUACGUUUCAUUCAGUGUGAUGUGAUUUAGUAUUUAGUGGCACUCAGGUAUUUCAUUCAGGAAUGAUGCAAAGAUGACAAUUAUUUAUACAAGGGUAUUUAACUCAUUUGAAAAUUGAUGUCAGUAAUUAUUAUAUUUGGUUCAGUAUCUUUAAUUGAAGAAGGCAUGCGUUAUAUAAACAAAUGACAGAUUUUGUUUUCCACAGCUUUUCCAAUGUCAAUUCUGACAUAUAGCAAUGUAUUAUGUGAAUAGUGUUGUUUUUACUGCAAGAGUAAUGAAGCCAUAAUGUUCAUUAAACACUCAUACAUUAAUAAAUAUACAGGUGCAUCUCAAUAAAUUAGAAUGUCGUGGAAAAGUUCAUUUAUUUCAGUAAUUCAACUCAAAUUGUGAAACUUGUGUAUUAAAUAAAUUCAAUGCACACAGACUGAAGUAGUUUAAGUCUUUGGUUCUUUUAAUUGUGAUGAUUUUGGCUCACAUUUAACAAAAACCCACCAAUUCACUAUCUCAAAAAAUUAGAAUACAUCAUAAGACCAAUAAAAAAAACAUUUUUAGUGAAUUGUUGGCCUUCUGGAAAGUAUGUUCAUUUACUGUACAUGUACUCAAUACUUGGUAGGGGCUCCUUUUGCUUUAAUUACUGCCUCAAUUCGGCGUGGCAUGGAGGUGAUCAGUUUGUGGCACUGCUGAGGUGGUAUGGAAGCCCAGGUUUCUUUGACAGUGGCCUUCAGCUCAUCUGCAUUUUUUGGUCUCUUGUUUCUCAUUUUCCUCUUGACAAUACCCCAUAGAUUCUCUAUGGGGUUCAGGUCUGGUGAGUUUGCUGGCCAGUCAAGCACACAACCCCAUGGUCAUUUAACCAACUUUUGGUGCUUUUGGCAGUGUGGGCAGGUGCCAAAUCCUGCUGGAAAAUGAAAUCAGCAUCUUUAAAAAGCUGGUCAGCAGAAGGAAGCAUGAAGUGCUCCAAAAUUUCUUGGUAAACGGGUGCAGUGACUUUGGUUUUCAAAAAACACAAUGGACCAACACCAGCAGAUGACAUUGCACCCCAAAUCAUCACAGACUGUGGAAACUUAACACUGGACUUCAAGCAACUUGGGCUAUGAGCUUCUCCACCCUUCCUCCAGACUCUAGGACCUUGGUUUCCAAAUGAAAUACAAAACUUGCUCUCAUCUGAAAAGAGGACUUUGGACCACUGGGCAACAGUCCAGUUCUUCUUCUCCUUAGCCCAGGUAAGACGCCUCUGACGUUGUCUGUGGUUCAGGAGUGGCUUAACAAGAGGAAUACGACAACUGUAGCCAAAUUCCUUGACACGUCUGUGUGUGGUGGCUCUUGAUGCCUUGACCCCAGCCUCAGUCAUUCCUUGUGAAAUUCACCCAAAUUCUUGAAUCGAUUUUGCUUGACAAUCCUCAUAAGGCUGCAGUUCUCUCAGUUGGUUGUGCAUCUUUUUCUUCCACACUUUUUCCUUCCACUCAACUUUCUGUUAACAUGCUUGGAUACAGCACUCUGUGAACAGUGUUUGUGGCUUACCCUCCUUGUGAAGGGUGUCAAUGAUUGUCUUCUGGACAACUGUCAGAUCAGCAGUCUUCCCCAUGAUUGUGUAACCUAGUGAACCAAACUGAGAGACCAUUUUGAAGGCUCAGGAAACCUUUGCAGGUGUUUUGAGUUGAUUAGCUGAUUGGCAUGUCACCAUAUUCUAAUUAUUUGAGAUAGUGAAUUGGUGGGUUUUUGUUAAAUGUGAGCCAAAAUCAUCACAAUUAAAAAAACCAAAGACUUA